AUGCGUCUCGUUGAAGCCGCCGCGACUCUCGGCCUACUCCUCGGCACCCACGCCAAGCCCUGCCGUGGCGCCGCCGCCUCCGAUCUCGACAUCCUCGCCGGGCAGCAUGUUAUCUACUCCUUCCCCACGUCCAGCACGCCGCCCGCCGAGCUCGUGAAUCUCACCUCCGCCGGCCUCGUCGGCGGCGUCAUCCUCUUCGGCGUCAACGUCGACGCCAACACCGCCGCCGCCAUGGACACCCUGCGUAGGGCGUACGCCGCCUCCCCCGCGCCCGCCCUGCUGAAGAAGACGACCGGCGAGGCCGGCGCCAUAAAAUUCUUCGUGUCGACGGAUCAGGAGGGCGGGCAGGUGCGUCGCAUGAAGAACGACGAGCCGAAGCUCUCCGCGAAGCAGAUUGGCGCGGCCGCGGACCCGGCGGCAGCCGGCAAGGCGGCGGGCGAGGGCGCGGCGGCGACGCUGAGGAAGUUCAACAACAACGUGAACCUGGCGCCGGUGCUAGGCGUGUACCGCGCGGCGGGCGACUUCCUGGACUACUACGGGCGAUCAUUUGGCAACACUUCGCAAGCGGUCGUCGCCGCCGCGGUGCCCUUCCUCACUGCGCAGCAGGCGGCGGGGGUCGCUGCGACCGCGAAGCACUUCCCGGGGCUCGGCGCCGCUUCGCACGACGCCAACACGGAUGAGCGCCCCGUCACCCUCGACCUGUCGCUGGAGGAGAUACGGCGUGUCGACGAGGCGCCGUACGUGGCGGCCAUCGCCGCGGGCGUGCAGCUGGUCAUGCCGUCGUGGGCCGUGUACCCCGCGCUGGACGCGGCGCGCCCGGCCGGGCUGAGCGGCAAGUGGCUACGGGAGGAGCUGCGCGGGCGGCUGGGCUUCCAGGGCGUGACGGUGUCGGACGCGAUGGAGGCCGGGUCGCUGAGCGCGUUCGGGGGCGCGGCGGAGACGGCGACGCUGGCGGCGGAGGCGGGCAUGGACUUGCUGCUGGCGAGCGCGCGCAACGUGACGCAGGGCGAGGAGAUUCGCAAGGCGCUGGUGAGCGGCGUGUCGUCGGGGCGGCUGAGCAGGGCGCAGUUUGACGAGGCGACGAAGAGGAUCGCGGCGUUGCGGAGCAGGUUGUGGGCGUAA